AUGGCAUUUUGCAAUCCCUGUCUUCGUCCAGCUGAUUCAUCUGUACUUACAUCAGUUAAAUAUCCAUCAAAAUCUAUUACAACUCUUUUACGUCGUCGACUUUUUAAAAAAUCAUCUUCUCUACCUAAAUGUCAAUCACCUAUACAUCGUCCAAUUCGAAAACAACAAUCAAAUCGUAAAUUUCAACGAAUGAAAGGAUCAAAUAUUAUUCAAGAAGUUAUUUGUGAAAAAGAAAAUCAAACAAUGGAUUUAAUGAGUAAUUAUGAUAUGACUGUAUUUCAUGAUGAUGAACUUGAUGAUACACAAGUUGCUUUAUCUCAUCGACAAUCAAAAAAGAUUCCACGUUGGGCAAGAAAAAGUCAAUUACAACUUGCUAUUGUUAAUCAAAUCUAUUAUAAUGAUAAAAAUCCUGAAGAAAUAUUUGGUUCUAUUCAGCUUGAACAUGCACAUCAAAUGGUUGAUUCAAUUGAAUUAUGGAAUACAGAAGUACCAUUAAUUUAUUCAUAUUCUACUCUUCCACCGAAUUUUGUUUAA